CAAAAAGUUUUGAUUUUGCUAAAUAUUUGCAAGUGAGACGCAAACACACGCCCGCGAGAACAUUAAUAGAAUAUAUAAAAUAAAGUAAAAACAAAACUAGCAAUGAGCUGUAAUCUCUAGAGUAUUUAUAGGAAAAUCGGGAAAAUCAAGAACAACAAAGACAAAGUGACAACUAAAGAUCGCCUGCGCCAAAAGUGAACUGAUAAACAUGACACAAUAAAUUAGGAAAACCAAUCAACGACGAUCGAAAAAACGGUCUAAUUUUUAUACAAACCUCAACACCCCCCGAAGAUAUUCAAAUUAAAGAAUCCCUGACGAUCUGCACCCGCUAAAAUGGCCAGUGUCUGGAAGAGAUUGCAGCGCAACUUCAAACGCGCUGCCAAAUUCCAGUUCACUGCGUCGUACCACGAUCUGCAUCUGGAAACCACCGCCAAGUGGCGUCCGUCGAACCUAUCGGUCGUUUGGACCAGGAGAUCUAGGCGAGUGACCAGUGCUCCGUUGCCAUGGGAGCCGGACAUGAUGAACCCCCUAGUGGGAAAUAUUUCCUGGCCAGUGCCCGACAAUCACACCAUAUCGGUCACCCUGUUCAAGGAUCCCCGGACGCACGAGCUGGAGGACAAGGAUUGGACGUUCGUCAUCGAAGAUGUUACCCCAAUGGGUAAGAAACGUGUGCUGGCCAAUGCCAGCAUCAAUAUGAGGAAGUAUGCCAGCAUAGAAUCCACUCAGCAGAGCUUUACAUUGAGUUUAAAGCCAGUCUCGAAGAAGAUUACUGCAGCCAGUUUGGAACUCACGAUUAGCUGUGUGUUUUUAAGGGAGGGAAAGGCCACGGAUGAGGACAUGCAGAGCGUGGUCUCCAUGAUGUCCGUUAACAACAAUGAUGUGGCCCCUCUGGACGAUCUGGAGGACAUACCCGAUCUGGACAAUUUUAGUGAAAUUACAGACCAUUUAUAUGACUUUACCCAGCAACUGGAGCAGAUGACAACUAGCCUAAAUGGCUGCAUUGAUGUGGCCACACCUCAAAGUGUACCUUCGUUAUCUGAAGAUCCAACUCCGUUGGCCGAGUCAUUUAAUCAAUUGCAUUUUGAACUAGACGCCGACGGCGAGCGGGAAGCUGCGAACAAGCUAGACUUGCCCACAGCUGCAUCCGGUGGUUCUAGUGGCGCCUGUGGUGCCAGUGGUGCUGAUGAACUCCUAAAAACUCCCAAUGGACUGCAGCCCUUGGGGGACAGUACGCCGGUUAAGUCGCCAGCAGAAAUAAAGCAGACGAAACAGACACCUGUGGAGCCGUUGAGAUCGAAAACCAGCGAGACCUUUGCCAAAAUGGUAACCUCCACGCCACUUGAACCCAAGCUAUGCAAGGAGGAUGUGAAGCCAAAGAAGAAAAGGGCUCUCCUUUUCACCGAGAAGGCGGUUGAGGAUAAUUUAAGGGUGGAAAGUAGUCUCAAGGAGGAUACCACCAAGAGUUUGGCCAGCAACAAUAGCACUUCGAAAGAAAAGCCCAAGGAGGAGAGUCGUUCCAAUAAGGAAACGCCCUCAUCUGUGAUGGUGACUCCUUCGAUUGCCAAGCGCCCCGAGCUGCAGCCCCUGAACCUAAAGAAGAGCUACGAACCCUCACCCACACCUGCACCUGCAGCAGGGAUCACAUCUGUGAUAAACGAGUCGAUGGGAUCACAGUCGGUGGGUUUCAGUACUUCUGGAUCGAUGAACAACAGCCUGAAGCCCGUGGAGAAGAUCGUGCUGAAGGAGAACACGCCCGGCCAGGAUCUGCUGGAGUGGUGCAAGGAAGUUACCAAAGACUACCCCAAUGUUAAGGUCACCAAUCUGACGACCAGCUGGCGCAAUGGCAUGGCCUUCUGCGCUAUUAUUCACCACUUUGUGCCGGAGCUCAUUGACAUGUCUAAAUUAAGUGCCCAUGAAGUAGUUGGCAACUGUCGCAUUGCCUUUGAUGCAGCGGAAUCGUUGGGAAUACCAAGAGUGAUUGAACCGAGGGACAUGAAUCUGCUGACAGUACCAGACAAGCUGGCCGUGAUGACUUAUUUGCACCAGUUGAGAGCUCACUUCACUGGCAAGCAGCUGAAGAUCGAGCAAAUUGGCUCGACGGCAGAUGAAUCGAGUUAUGUGAUUGGAAACUACAUGUCGGACAACUUGUCACAGAAUCGCAUCAAUUUCUCGCACCCCAAGACGCUGUUGCUGCACCAGAACUCCUUCGAUGAGGAGAUAUAUGGAAAUGGGCAGAACAAAGCAGAGCAACUGUCGCCCACAACCAAAAAGGAUGUGAAGAACCUGAUUCUGUACAACUCGAAGAACAUACUGGACAAGGUGCUGUCGCCCACCAAGGACAAGAAUUCGAUUAAUGCCUCGCAGCACACCAACCAGUCGUCGCCUCCGCCGCCGCCGCAGGAGGAGAUCCUGGACGAAGGUCCUCAACCGGGUGGCAAGGAAAACAGCUCUCUAACCGUCAUUGCCAAUCCGGCGACCAGUGAGGAACGGCAGCAGCGGUUGCUGGAACAGGCUCGCCGCCUCAUCCUGGAGACCCGCGUGAAGAGCGGCGGCUCCAUUGAGAGUCCCACCAGCCCCACCAGACCCAAGCUGGAGCGCACCAUCUCGCCGAUCCACAAUGGAGCCGAGGAGUUCUACGCGGAGCACGCCAAGGAGUCGGGCAGUCCUAGUCAUAGGUUAAGUGAUCCGAAGGGCCUGGGACUAAAUGGAAGCUCCCUGCAGUCGUUCAACGCUAUUGUGGACCGCAUCUCACCAAAGCAGGAGAAGAGGGGCGACAAGCUGUCCUACAUUGAGUCCGAGCUGGAGGCCCUCGAGCGGGAACAGGAGGCCAUUGACCAGAAGGCCAGCAGCCUGGAGGCCAAGCUGCGCGCCGUGAUGGGCGGCAAUCCAAGUAAUAAUCGAAGGGGUGGCGCCAGAAAUGGCAAUUCCUUCCUUAGGCUAAUCCGAAAUAGUAUUGGUGGUGGUGAUGUGAUACGUAUUAAGCUGCUCCACUCGGACGACGAGAGUCUGUUCGGUGGAGGUGGUGGUGGAAGUGGAGGUGCUGGUAGUGGAGGCGGUGGCAGCGAGGACGAUGACCGGGACACGUCCAGCGAUGAUAGCGAUGCGUGCAACUCCGGCGACGAGUUGCACUCGCGGCUGCGACCCCGACCCCGCUCCCAGUCGUGUUUUGUGAAUGUGAACAAGGGCCAUCCUUCGACCAUGAAUACGACACCCUCUCAUCUGCGCCCGCAUCAUGUGCAUCACGUUGUGCCCUACACCCAGCUACACAUGCUAGACAGCUCCCCGUCGGCGCUCUCCUCGCAGCAGUCCUCCUGCGACAACCUGCCCGCGUGCAGCGACGAUGACGAGCUGCUUGCCCUGGCGGCCACCACCGGCCGAGCGGCCUCUUUGCGGCGGCAGCAGGACCGCCAUCACAGGCGACACCGUCAGCGGCGGGAGCGGCGCUCCCAUUUAUGUCACACCCCCAGUCAUUGUGAGACCGAGGAAACGGAGGAGCAACUGCUAUCGCAAUGGUUUACGCUGGUCAACAAGAAAAACGCGCUCCUCCGGCGACAAAUGCAACUGAACAUACUCGAGCAAGAGAAAGAUCUGGAGCGAAAGUAUACAAUGCUCAAUCAGGAGCUGCGGGCGGCGCAAUCUGUGGAGGAUUGGCGCAAGACGGAGGUGCAACGGGAAAAGGAGCGGCUGCUGCUCGAGGAGCUGAUGACGAUUGUCGACAAGCGAGACCAGUUGGUUCAGCAUCUGCACAACCAGGAGAUAGCGAUCGAAGAUGACCAGGAGAUUGCGAGAAAACUGGAGCAUGUGGACAUAAGCGGUGAAAAAGACAAAUGUGUUCUUCAAUAGAAAACGAAAUUAACCAAACCUGACUGGAGAUUAUACUUACACAAACUCAAUUUUAUCUAUGUAACUAGCUAGAUAACAACUUAUGUUCAGUGGCACGCAAUAAGGUCGCGUGGUUUUUGUGGUUCGGUGUCGCUUCUUAUGCAAUCGUUAUAUCCAACGACAACAACAAAUACUUGGACCACUUGGCAUGGUUAUAAACAAACAAAAAAUGGUAUACUGUGAAACAAAAAAAAUUACUUUUGUAUUUAGACAAGGCAAUGCAAAGAGAAAGAACAAAACGUCCGUUAGUAAACUAAGCAACAAAAAUCGAGAACACACUUCGAAAGGGACAAUUUAACAGUUAUUUAUGAUAAUCCGAUAUGGGAACUCAUUUAAAUUGUAUUAUGUUAACUUUCGUUUAUCGUUUUGUUGUUGUGCCAUCUGAACCACACCUAAAGUAUAUCCUGAACGCAAGAAAAUAUGUGAAUUAAGGAAUUGAGGAGGCAAUUUUACAUUAGUUUAUACAUUAGCAUUUAUCCCACAUAAACUAGAAACGCUUCAUCCAAAAAUACACAUAUAAACAUAUAAAUAUUUAUAAAUUACCUUACUAUCUUACCAUACUUAAUUUAGUUCCGUACUUUUGCUCUAAGUUAAGCAAAGAGCUUUAAUCAUUAUUUAAAGGUGGCUUAUAUACUUAUAUAUUACCAAUUUUAAUUUUACUUUGCCCCGGCGAAUGUAUAAAGAACUGUUCAACCCAAGGAACCUAGCUAAUAAAGAAUGAACAAUGCUGAGUCAUCAGCAUCGAAUAAACCCAAAACCAA